GCAAGCGCCUUGUUGACACCGCUGCCAAACACUUAACACUUGCAUAGCAACGCUGCUCUACUCAGCCUCCGCCGUCUGCAACCCUGAAGAAAUGGCGGUACAGAUAGUGAGAAGGAUGAAGCUCGGUUCCCAAGGCCUUGAGGUUUCCGCACAAGGCCUUGGCUGCAUGGGUAUGUCCGCCGCCUACGGCCCUCCCAAGCCGGAAUCCGACAUGAUAGCUCUCAUCCACUAUGCUGUCAAUUCUGGCAUCACCUUCCUCGACACCUCUGAUAUUUACGGCCCUCAUACCAACGAAAUCCUUCUGGGAAAGGCUUUGAAGGGUGGUCUCAGAGACGCCGUUGAACUUGCUACCAAAUUCGGAAUCAGCUUCGCUGACGGCAAGAGGGAGAUACGUGGUGAUCCGGCUUACGUCCGAGCAGCCUGCGAGGGAAGCUUGAAGCGUCUUGGAGUUGAUUGGAUCGAUCUUUACUAUCAGCAUCGGAUUGACACCCGUGUGCCAAUCGAAGUCACGAUGGGGGAACUCAAGAAAUUGGUUGAAGAAGGUAAAGUGAAGUAUAUAGGUUUGUCUGAGGCAUCUGCUUCAACUAUCAGAAGAGCACAUGCCAUUCAUCCAAUAACUGCUGUGCAGUUGGAAUGGUCUCUGUGGAGUAGAGAUGUGGAAGAGGAAAUUGUUCCAACCUGCAGGGAACUUGGGAUUGGGAUAGUUGCAUACAGCCCUCUGGGGAGAGGAUUCUUUUCAUUAGGGCCCAAGGUGGUGGAGAAUUUCAAUAAUCAAGACUUCAGAAAGUCUCUACCCAGGUUCCAGCCGGAAAAUCUUGAGCAUAACAAACGCCUCUAUGAACGGGUUAAUGAGAUGGCAACAAGAAAGGGAUGCACCCCAUCACAGCUUGCCCUGGCCUGGGUCCAUCACCAAGGGAACGAUGUCUGUCCCAUACCUGGAACCACCAAGAUUGAAAACUUGAACCAGAACAUAGGAGCUUUGUGUAUCAAACUCACACCAGAGGAAAUGGCUGAACUAGAGUUCAUUGCUUCAGGAGAUUCAGUUAAGGGAGACAGAUACGAAUCUGAUUUUGCUACAUACAAGAACUCUGAAACGCCACCGCUUUCCUCAUGGAAACCUGAGUGAAGGUGUGCCUUUAACUAUAUCUAUUGAACUUUCGUGGUCUGUUGUGAACUUUGUUUGAUGUCCUUGGGAUGUUCUGUACCUCUGAUCAUCUGAACGCUGCAUUCAGAAAAUAAGUCCUUUGUGAAGAAAUGUCAUAAUUUCUUGUAAUAAAUAGAGCCCUGACGGUUUGAUUUACAAAUCCACGUUAUUUGCAAGGUUUUGAAUUGUGGUUUGUACUUCCUUUAGUAUAAAAUCUAGAAAAAUCA